AUGGAAAAUCUAAUUCGAAAGCAACUACUUCAGGCUUUGACAAAGAUAAAACAACGGCCUUCAGCAAAAUGGUUUAUUGAUCCAAUUGAUACUAAAAUGAAAGGCUUUAACAACUUUAAAGGAAAACUUGAAACUCCUAUGGACCUCACAACAAUCGAAAGAAAAUUAAAAAACAACAAAUAUAAAACAGUACACGAAUUCAAAAAAGAUUUAGAUUUAAUUUGGGAAAAUUCUCAAAAAUGCUGCAUUGAAGAUUCAAUCACUUCUAUUUUAGCAUUAGAUAUGAAACAGUACGCAGAUAACCUUUUAAUGUAUAUUUCUGAUAAUCCUCAAGUUGAUUGGGUGAACAAAUUAAUGUUUCUUCAAGAAAAAUUAAGCGAUUCAGUUAAAUCAAUAAAUACUUCAUCAACAAACAACAAUAAAAGAAAGAGCACAUCUACGUUAUGCAUUUCUAAUGAAGAUGAUGAAAUAAAUCCUAAAAAUGGAAUUGAAUUUUCUUAUGAAGAAUUAGUUAAACUUCGAAAAGACAUCGAAUCAUUAAAUGGUGAAACAGAAAAAACAGAAAUAGCCGAAUGCAUCAAACUUCGAGAACCGAAAUUAAUUGGCAGAAAAACUACAGUUUCUUUGAACCUAGGAAAGCUCGAACCACAAACUAUUUGUGACCUUAUUGAUAAAGUUUCUGAACUUAAAAAUAAGCAGGUUUGA